UGGACAAUGCAAAGUACUUGUCAUUUGAGUAUAAUAACCUCAAAAUUGUUAAAAAUAUUGAAAAUUAAAAAGAUGUCAACUCCUGGAAUCUUAGAUGGAGAAUUAUUUAGAAUAAUUCCCGAUUCUCAGAAUAGAAAGGAAAACUCGACGCAAGUAAUUGCCGAAUGUGUGUCAUGUGGAAACAAAUACAGUGGUGCACUAAAUGCAACCGGAAAUUUUUAUACGCAUAUUAAGAGAAAACAUUUAUCAUUAUUAAAAAAAGCAUUAGAAAAGAAAGAAGCAAAAUACAAAAAUGCAUCUUCAUGUGAAACAUCCAAUCCAAAACCACUAAUACCAGCAAAGCAACCAAAACUGAUGAAUACGAAUAUGUUAGUGAGAAACACUGUCUCAAAAGAACAGGUCAUUAAACUUGUGUUAUCGUACAUAAUCAAUGAAAUGAGACCACUUGCAAUCGUUGAGAAACCAUCAUUCAGAAAUCUUAUAUCUGGUAUAUCAAACGUUGAGCUACCAACACGGAAAACUUUGAAGAAAAAAAUCGAAGAACAAUUUGAAUCGACGAUUGCUGAAAUAAAGAUUCGAGUUUCCAAAACUCAGUUUGUUUGCACUACUGCAGACAUUUGGAGUUGUACACCCAAGGACUUUGAUUCUGUCCAUGGGGAAAUUUUCCAAACUGAGAAGUCACCACUUUCUACAUACUCGCAGUUCAUGGUUAAUGAAAUGACUAGAGCUUAUUGGUCGUUACGUUAAUCAUGAACUGUAAGUAUGUAGAAAAAUAGCGACUUCUUAGUUUGGAAAAUUUCCCCAUGGACAGAAUCAAAGUCCUUGGGUGUACAAAUCGAAGUUUCAUGGAAAUUACUUGUCACUACCUUGAUGAUAAAUUAAAAAGAAAUUCGUGUGUUCUGGCAUGUCGCCGUAUGAAAUUUGCUCACACGUACAUUGAAAUAGCAAAAAUGCUAAGUAAUGUUCAUCAACAAUUUGGAUUAUCUGUCGAUAAGAUUGUAGGAACAGUCACGGAUAAUGCUACAAAUUUUGGAAAAGCAUUUCGUAUUUUUUCACUUGAUAAAAACGAAAUUGAAGAGGAGCCAGAAUAUUUGCAAAACGAAGAUAACAUUGUUAUACAUGAAUUUGAACUUCCAAAUAAUUUUGAUGAUGACUUCGAAGAUUUUUCUUUGCCAACACAAUACAAAUGUAUGUCACACACAUUGAAUUUAAUUGCAACAACAGAUUUACGUAUAGCCCUAUCUAAUAUCAAAUACAAGAAAUUAUAUAAUUCUUCAUUUUCUAAAGCAAAUACACUGUGGAAUACAAUACAUAGAUCAACGAAGGCUGCAGAUAUUAUUGAAGAAAUUGCACAUACUAAACUACUAGUUCCUUGUCCCACUCGUUGGAAUUCAAGUUAUGAUGCAGUUGUAAAUUACUAUCGAUUAAAAAUCACUUAAACGAAAUUUGCGACCGUUUAGAUAAGCCAAAGUUCAAAAUGAUCGAGAUUGAGUUUCUUGAAGAAUAUGCCUUGGUAAUGAAGAGUUUAGCAUGCACGAUUGAUUUGCUACAGGGAGAAAACUAUUGUUAUUUAGGAUACGUUUUGCCAGCUUUGCUGCAACUUAAAAUUAAUUUGCAGACUCUUCACGAAUUACCUAAUUGCGAACCUUUGAGGAAUGCUCUAAUAGAUGGCAUUAAUAAAAGAUUCAGUAAUAGUGUAUUAAAUUUUGACAGUACAUGUAGCAAACCUUACAUUAUUUCAUCCGUGACUGUUCCUAAACUUAAGUUAAAAUGGCUAAACUUGAUACCAGAAGCAGCGAUUUUUUCAAAAACGAUUCUAGAUCACGAAUAUUGCAAAAACUUGCUUAUUACAGAAGCAAAAAAAUGUGCGUUGUUAAAAAAUGAGACCACAAUAUCUUCUGAUGUUUCUUCAGCGUCUUCUGUGGAAGAUGACCAAUUCUUUAAAUUUUUAUUAAAAGAUCAAGACCACGUAGAAACAACUGACACUACUGACAAUACUAUCGGCAUGGAGGUUUUAUCUUAUUUGUCAGACAAGCAAAAAGAUAUCGAAUCACUAGCACGUUUUCCUCAUAUAAAACAUUUGUUUUUAAAGUACAACACAAUUAUACCGUCAUCAGCACCGGUUGAGCGAUUAUUUAGCACUGGUGGUCAAAUUUUAGUGCCACGUCGAAAUCGUUUGAGUGAUGAUAUCUUUGAGGCAUUUUUGGUGUGUAAGACUAAUGUAUAAAGUCACAACUAAUAAUGUAAACAAAAAAAUAUUAAAAAAUAAAAAUUAUUCAGUAUA